GGCGCACGGGGGGCGGCCGCGCGUGACGUCGCGCCGGCUGGGCGUUAUCAGCGGUGGGGUCCGGCCGGGCCCCCUGCGCCUUGCUCUUCCGCGCUGCCGGCCGCUCCAGCCGGCCGGGGUCAUGAAGCCGAGUGCGGCGGGCGCGGCGCGGGGCGAGAAAGGCGAGGUGGACACGGAGCGGCAGCGCACCCGCGAGCGGCAGGAGGCCACGCUGGCCGGGCUGGCGGAGCUGGACUUCCUGCGCCAGCGCCAGGAGCUGCUGGUCCGGGGCGCCCUGCGCGGCGGCCCCGCAGCCCGCGCCGGGGAACUGCUGCCGGGGGAGGCGCCGCCGCGGAGCCGCUUGGAGGAGAAGUUCCUGGAGGAGAACAUCUUGCUGCUGCGGAAGCAGCUGAAUUGUUUGAGGAGAAGAGAUGCUGGUUUGUUGAAUCAGUUGCAAGAACUGGACAAGCAGAUCAGUGACCUGAGACUGGAUGUAGAAAAGACGUCUGGAGAGCGCCUGGAGACUGACAGCCGGCCCAGCUCUGGGUUUUAUGAACUGAGUGAUGGGGCUUCAGGAUCCCUUUCUAAUUCCUCUAACUCGGUAUUCAGUGAGUGCUUAUCCAGUUGUCAUUCCAGCACCUGCUUUUGCAGCCCCCUGGAGGCAACUUUGACUAUCUCAGAUGGUUGCCCCAAAGCUGCAGAUCUGAACCCGAAGUAUCAGUGUGAUCUGGUGUCUAAAAACGGGAAUGAUGUCUAUCGCUAUCCCAGCCCACUGCAUGCUGUGGCUUUGCAGAGCCCAAUGUUUCUCCUUUGUCUGGCUGGCACUUCUCUCAGGGAAGAGGAGCAGCUUGAAAACCAGGCCAGUGACCUUUGCAGUGGAUCUGAACUGGACACCACCAAAACAAAUGGUUCCUUACCAUCCCCAAGCAGUCUGUGGCCUGUGUCCUAUCCUGCAUCCAGUAAGAAAAUGGAUGGCUACAUUCUGAGCCUGGUCCAGAAAAAAACACAUCUUGUCAGGACCAACAAACCCAGGACCAGUGUGAAUGUGGACCUCACGAAAGGGCUUUUGAGGAACGGGAGCCUGUGUGUCCGGGCCGCUGGCAGCAGUGGCUCCCAGGCCAGCAGUAUAAACCUGAAGAAUUCAAAGCUGGUGUGUUUCCCUUCUGGUGGAAUGCCCUCUCUGGACAGUGCAACCUUCUCCCCUGUGAAGCAGCAGUCAAAGGAAACCAAGGCGGAAUUGGAAGGCAAGAGACUGCUAGUGUCUGAGGGCUGGUUAGCAGGUGCAGCCUUGGAGCUCCCAAGCAAGCAUCUCCCCCAAAAUGUCAAGGCAGCCUCCCAGGAACAGGCUUGGUGUUCUGCCACCACUGGCGCAGGUGAGUCCUUUAAAGAAAGUUGUCAGAUUUCAGGUGCUACUCCAAAAGAGAGCCUAGACCGUGGCCCUGGGCUCCUGCAAGAGCACAAAGGUGUGCAAACCCUGAAAAAGGUGGCUCAGAAAAGCAGCCUGCAGCCUUCUCAGGCUCCCGCACCUCCCCCACUGUUGCCUGCAGCCUUCACGGUAGACGAGAGGCCAGCCUUAGACUUCAAAAGCGAGGGCUCUUCCUCGCAAAGCCUCGAGGAAGGACACCUGGUCAAGGCACAGUUCAUCCCGGGGCCGCAGCCAGGAGCCAGGCUCCACCGAGGCCACCGGAACCCGGGUGGCACGCGAAGCUCCACUCUGAAGCAUCGUGGCCAGGGGCUGGAGAGUGGCCUGCCCACGGUCAGGGAGAAAACUCGGGUGGCUAGCAAGAAAUGUCGCUUCCCCGAUGACUUGGAUACAAAUAAGAAACUCAAGAGAGCCACUUAUAAGGUCCGGAAGGGUGGAGGUGGGGGCCCUGAGGGUCUCCACGGCAGGCCCCCGAGCGCUGGCAGCCAUAGGGCAGGAAACAAGGCACACGGCCACGGACGGGAGGCGGUGGUGGCCAAACUGAAGCACAAACGAACUGAUUACCGGCGGUGGAAGUCUUCAGCGGAGAUCUCCUACGAGGAGGCCCUGCGGAGGGCCCGUAGGGGUCGCCUUGAGCACGUGGGCGUGUACCCUGUACCCAUGCCUCUGCCCCAUGCCAGUCCCUACGCCUACGCCGCCAGCGACUCGGAGUACUCUGCUGAGUGCGAGUCCCUCUUCCACUCCACUGUGGUGGACACCAGCGAGGAUGAACAGAGCAACUACACUACGAACUGCUUCGGUGACAGCGAGUCCAGUGUGAGCGAGGGCGAGUUCGUGGGUGAGAGCACCACCACCAGCGACUCAGAAGAGAGCGGGGGCCUAAUUUGGUCCCAGUUCGUCCAGACGCUCCCAAUUCAGACGGUGGCAACGCAGAACCCGAGAACCUUUGUGAAAAUUAAGGCCUCGCAUACGCUUAAGAAGAAAAUCCUCCGCUUUCGGUCUGGCUCUUUAAAGCUGAUGACAACGGUUUGAGUAUCAUUGGUGUGCAGAGUAUCUUUCCCCUUAGUUUCUGACAAAAGGAAAAAGAAAGUGGUGUCUUAGUUUUUGUGUAACACUUUAAUGAAAUACUUUUAUUAAGGUAAAACCAAGGUAAAUUAUGUCUCCUGUGUAUAGACCCUAGUGCCUUUAAUGGAAAGUAAAGGAUGUAUAGAUAGUUAGAAGUAAAUACUGAGAUUGUAAUGGUGCUAGUGAAUGAAUUGUGUGCGCUCAGCUGAUUUUUAUUUUAAAUUUUUGGAGCAUCUAGAAAGGUACAGGUUUUGACAUUUAAAUUUUAAUGGAAUUCAGAUAUUUAGCUCCCAAGGUCAGAUGGAAUUUUUAGGACGUUUGUCCCUUGAUUCUUCAGGGCAGACAGUGCCUCUGCAAGGACUUACUGUGGAGGAGCGUUGCAUACAGUUGUGGGAAGUGGGCCUGCGAGGCAGUUGUUUUCUAUGCCUUUUUAUACUAUGGUCUGCAUUUCUCCUGUCUUCCUCAAUCUGUUUUCUUCUGGGAACUGUUCUGUUUAAUGAACUCAGAGCUUGUAGACUGCAUCCUAAAUCCAGAGAUGGCAAUCUGGAUAGGGACACUGGUAGUAGUACCUUCAAAGGACUCAGAGAACCUUUUGCCACAGUUGGUGCCUGGGCUCUGGUUACUGUAGCCUUUUCUUGGGCCAUAUAUCCAGUAUUUUUGAUGCCUUUUUUUCCUCUCUUAAUUUGUAGCAAAUACAGUAAUUUGUCCCUUGGAGGACUUGCCUUUGGGAUAAAAUUUUGGUACUCUGGUACAGAGAAAUUCACUGUACACGAAAUAACUUUUGGGCAUGAUUCCAGGCCCAGAAUUGCUUGCUGAGCACUGUGCAACCUAAGCAUUGGCCUGAACAGUAGUGCAAUCCAGUCCAGAUUGGACCACUGACCUUAUCUGGAAGGGCUUUAAAAAAUUUUCUUUUGGCAAUCAGUGUUGUAUAAAAUUGCUCUUUUUAUAUCAAUAUAUGCAUGUUUUGUGCAUGAAUAUUUGUUUUGAUAUUCCUGUUGUUAAAUUACUGUAUGAUAUAAGUGGUAUGUGUUUUUACAUAUAUCAUUAUGUAAAUUUAAUAUAACACAUAUACCAUAAUAAACAGUUUGUUUUACUGCU